AUGCGACACCCACCACCUCCUCCUGGCCUUCCCCCAGCUCUCCCCUGUCCUCUGCUGUCUGACAUGCAGGAUGCCCAGCACGAGGACAUGCGAGAACACCUGAAUGAAGCCCCCGCAUCGAACACGGGGGCUUCGUUUGUCCUCAUUGUCGCUCGACGGGACGCGACACCCACCACCUCCUCCUGGCCUUCCCCCGGCUCUCCCCCGUCCUCUGCCGUCCAACGCGCAGGGUGCCCGGCAUCGUCGCCCGAUGUGACACCUACCAAUGGACACAGCCCAAUGGACACAGCCAGUUGA